GGCUGGGGCGCGAGCAGGAGAUGGUGGUGAUGGAGGCGGCGGCGGCGGCAACAGUAGCAACUCCAGCUCCAGCUCCACAACAGCAGCAACAAGCAGGAGGAGGCCGCGCCGCCGGACACAUGCAGCCCAUUACCCCCACAUCCACUCCCCGCCGCCCCCCCUCCUCUCCCAACGCUUCCGCUCUCGUGGUCGUGGCCGAAGCCGGGAGGCCCGAGCUGCUGCCCGACGUGAUUGCACAGGUCGAGCGAGGAAUCCAGUCGUGGGACAUCGAUGCUGCUGCCUACAGCCUCGACGCAGAGUUGAAGCUCUUUGUGUCCAGACACUCCGCUACCUUUCCAGAUGAAGCAAAGGGUCAGAAAAUUCUCCAUCAUUGCGACGAGGCGCUGGAAGCUCUGGUGCUGAUCAACCCCACCAACGAGUCGCUGUGCACUGAGGUUCGGACUCUGAUAUCGUCAGCCUCGCGGCACAAGCUGCUGGUGUUGGCCGGGCCGUGCUUGGAAGAAUCGGGGGAUCUCCUCUUGCAGAAAGGGUCUUUCACGUUCCACGAUUUCAUCCAGAUCUUCGCUGAUAAGGAGAUCGGAGAGCUGUUGAGCUUCACGCCUCCCGCUGACAAGGCCAGCCUUUGCCUCUGCUGCCCUGACCUGGGCGAAUGGAAACGAUCCAGCCUGGAGCAGCACAGCCUGCAGGAGUUCAUCGAGAUCAAGGUGAACCCUCCGGCCACGCUGUCUGAGAUGGAAGGGCUGCAGGAGUUCUUGGAGUACCUGGCCGAGUCGCUGGAGGCGUCGUCUCCCUUUGACCUGCUGGAGCCCCCGGCCACAGUGGGCUUCCUCAAGCUCUCCAAGCCGUGUUGCUACAUCUUCCCGGGCGGCCGUGGCGACUCGGCCUUCUUCGCCGUCAACGGCUUCAACAUCCUGGUGGGCGGAGGCUCGGACCAGAAGUCCUCCUUCUGGAAGCUGGUGCGCCACUUGGACAGGAUCGACUCGGUCCUGUUGACCCACGUCGGCACCGACAACUUGCCCGGGGUCAACAGCCUGCUGCAGAGGAAGCUGGCCGAACUGGACGAGGACCAGUCGCAAGGCUCGGAAACGAACGGCGACUGGGCCAAGAACCUCAUCUCGCCCGAGGUCGGCGUGGUGUUCCUCAACGCCCCGAGCCGACUCCUGGACACGGAGAGGGAGAAGGCCAGGCGGGGAGUGGACGAGGCCAGAGUCUUGCUUCACUAUCUGGACCUUCUGGACAUUAACCCUCUCCCACUGCACAGGAGCGUUGGCAACUCCAUCGACCCGAUCAUCCUCUUUCAGAAAAUGGGUGUUGGUCGCUUGGAGCUGUACGUCCUUAACCCCGGCAAGGACAGCAAGGACUUGGACUUCAUGCUGAACCAGUGGACGGGCAGCAGUUGGCCGAAGGGAAGGGAACUGCCCAUUCAGUGCCUGGUCUCCAUCUGUGCCCUGGUGGCCUGGCAUCCGGCCAGCCGAACAGAGAAGAUAAUCCGGGUGCUGUUCCCGGGGUGCGCUCCGCAGGGCAAGAUACUGGAGGGGCUGGAGAGGGUCAAGCACCUGGAGUUCCUGAAGCAUCCGGCGGCGAAGCGCAGCGACCUGGAGGCCCUGCAGAAGGAGAAGGGCAGCAAGGUCAAGCGUACGGGCAGCCGGGAGAGUCUCCAGAGCCUGACCAGGGGCUCGUCGGGCAGGCCGCCAUCGGCCAAAGACAAGCCGGCAAGGCCGGAGAAGAAGGAGAACGCCACCGGCAAAGCCAAAGCCGCGGGCAAGGCGGGCGCGACUGAGACUGGAGAGAAACCGAAGGCAAAAACAGCAGCCAAGGAGAAACUGGUGAAGAAGGAAGCCCGGCCCGCUAAGGUGGAGGAGGGCAAAGACGCCAGGGUGGCGAAAAAGGAAGACGGCAAAGAAGCGGAGGACAAGAAGCCGACGAGGAAGGACCCGGUUAAAAAGGAGCCCAAGAGGUUUGAGAAAAUAGUGGCCAAGCCCCCUGCCCGAAGACCAUCGUCAGCUGCAGAGACCAGGAAGGGUUCGGCCAAGAUCGGGGCAUCUGCCAGCUCCAGAGAGGCCAAGAAGGACCGGGCGGCUGCUGCUGCUGCGGGGACGGAGCCGGCCAGAGCCAAGAGCGGGCCGGUCAAGAGGGGGGUGGGGGCUGAGCCGGAUGGGAGGGGGGGGAGGGGAGUCACAGCCACGCCCUCCGGGAUGUCCACUCCAGAAGACAUGACGGCAGAGUUUGAGAAGCUGGAGCUGGAAGGGGGCGGAGACCCGGCGGUCGGUCAGCAGGUCCGUGCCCAGGGUCCGGCGGGGCUGGGGGAGACCUUGCCCGAGGAGGUUGGGAGACAAGAGCAAGACGUCGCUGUGGAAAACGGAGAGGAGCAGGAGGAGGCUGGGGAGCAAGAGACUGGCAUGGAGCGGUCAGCCGGGGAUGGUGCCAGAGCAGUGGGUGUUGAAGGUAUGCUACCAAUCCAUCCCGUUAAUGGUCAGAUCUGUGACACUGACAAUGGCCAUGACUGUUUUGAGCUGGAAAGUCCCGACAAGUUCAGGCACUUUGACGAGAGUCUGACCCCCGGCGGGAACGUGGCCGCCCUGUCCCCCCUGGCCAGAACGCCGAGGAGUGACCGCAGCGUUAACUUUGACCUGACGCCCACCGAGGUCCCGGGGCCGGCCCCUGCCGCCAGCCGGGACGAUGCGGAGGACGAGCCCUACGCCAGCUCCGAGGAGAAGACCCUGGAGAUGGUCACCCCUCCAGGCUCCGGCCCCACCAGCGCUGGCCACACCCCGUUCCACCAGUCGCCGACCGAUGGCGUCCUCCCCGGGAGCGAAGACGGCCUAAUCGAGGGCGUUUCCAGCCGCCUGCGCGGGGGGGAGUGCAAUACGCCGGCAGACGGAGCCCUCCCCCUGCCUGACCCGAGACCACCGUCUGAGAGUGCCAGCACACCACAGGACAGACACACUGGCUUCCUGAGCCUGAGCCCGUUCAAGGAGGCGGCCCCCGACAUCUCGCCCACCCUGACCACCCCGUCUCUGCCCGCGGAGGUCGGCUCCCCUCAGUCCACCGAAGUGGACGAGUCUCUGUCCGUCUCCUUCGAGCAGGUCCUGCCGCCGCUGACCGAGGUGGUGCCGGAGGGGGGACCCAGGGUCCUGGCCAACGGCGCCUCCCCCGAGCACGACGUCCUCUCCGGGGCGUGCGACCCACCCCACCCCAUGACCCUUCCCCUCCGGUCACUGCAGGACGCCUUCCGCCCCCUGGUCCCCGGCCCCGCGGACGGAGACGGGACGGACGGGCCCGGACCCCCGGCAGUCACGUUCCCCUCCGAAUCCCCUCACGACGUUGACCUGUGCCUGGUGUCACCGUGCGAGUUCAAACACCCGAAGACUGAAGUGUCCCACGCGCCCUACGCCAACCCCAGCCCGAGAGACGCGUCGGACGACAGCGACUUGUCCCAGGAGAGCGCCAAGAUGGCAGGGCGGCCCCUCACCUGCGGGAAAGUGUCGAUGGACCAGACCACCACCCCCACCUCCGCCAGCGAGUCCCUCCCGUCCCACCUGGGCUGCGACGCUGCGCCCGCAACCGAGGACUGCCCGUCCAUCACGGCUGACGACGGCAUGGACUCUGAGGACAACUCCGAGAGUUUGCCCCUGGGCCGCUCGGCUCUGGGUCUGGCCCCCAGCUCCUGCGACCCACCUCCCUCCCCGCUGAAGGACCCCCGCCCGCCCCCGCCCCAGCCCGGCAUCUGCAUGGUCGACCCCGAGGCAUUGACCCAGAGAUCUCACCCAGUCGUGGUGGAGAAGUCUAAAGGGCGGAGGCCAGGGUCUAAGCCGACCGUGGCCGCUCCGAGUCGCAGAGGUGAGAAUGCUAAACAGGCAACUUUGUCCAAACCAAAAGGUCCCCAGCCCACAUCCAAAGAGGCGGAAAAACAGGCUGCGGCCAGCAAGACUGAGCAGCCGGGGACAGUCUCCAGGGUCAGCUCCAGCCAGUCCAUCAACUCGGAGGAGAAGAGGGGAAAGAACUUCCAGGCGUCGAGUUACAGAUCGGUUUACAGCGCCUCUCGCAGCUCAACGGCAGGUGCGGUGAGCAAGUGCCCUCCAGUGUACGUGGAUCUGGCGUACAUCCCCAACAGCCACGGCGCCACGACAAUCAACACCGACUUCUUCAGGCGGCUCCGAUCAUCCAUCUAUGUGAUAAGUGGAGAUGACCCUCAGAAGGAAGGGGCCAUGAGGAACAUUCUAGAUUCACUCCUGGAAGGCAAAGCGGUGUGGAACAACAACAUGCAGGUGACUCUAAUCCCGACCUUUGACUCUCCCAUCAUGCACGAAUGGUACCAGGAGACACACGAGAGGCAGCAGUCGAUGAACAUCACCGUGCUGGGCAGUAACAGCACCGUCGUUAUGCAGGAGGAGACAUUCCCAGCGUGCAAAGUUGAAUUCUGAUGGGCGGGCGCAAAGACUGUGGAACGCUCUGCUUUUGCCAAGGACCCAGAGACAGAGCCAGGCAGGCUUCCCUUCAACACCAGCCUGCCCCC